AUGGCAUCUCUAUCAAACCGCUGUGGCGAGAGUAAGAGCCCGUAUGUCCGCGCGCACAAGGACAAUCCAACAGCGUGGCAGUUGUGGACUCCCGAGACCCUCGCCCUCGCCAAGCGUUACAACAAAUUGCUCUUCGUGAGUAUUGGAUAUAGUGCCUGCCACUGGUGUCAUGUUAUGGCUCACGAGAGCUUCGAUGAUCCGGGAAUCGCUCUCUUCCUCAACGAGAAGUUUGUACCUGUCAAGAUCGACCGGGAAGAGCGUCCCGAUAUCGACAGGCAGUACAUGGACUUUGUGACUGCGACUACUGGCCAUGGCGGAUGGCCCUUGAAUGUCUUUGUCACUCCGGAUCUUGAGCCCAUCUUCGGGGGAACGUAUUGGCCUGGACCCAACGCCGAUGACGCUGGAAGUAUGACCUUCCAGGAUGUCUUGACUAUGGUAAGCAAAAUGUGGGCGGAAAACGAGGCCAAGGUGAGGGACAGUGGGAAGCAAAUCACCGAAGCUCUGCGCAGGUUUGCGGCUCAGUCGAGGACCGAGGAGGAUGAAGAAGGCGGCAAUCGAGCGAGCUUGGAAUCCCUGAUCCAGUCGUACCAGCAUUACAAAGCCCAGUACGACGGGACGCAUGGCGGCUUCGGCGGUGCACCCAAGUUCCCUACUCCAGCGAAUUUGACCCAUCUCCUCCGUCUGAGAGCACAUGGAAGCGAUGUAAAAGACGCCUUGGGUGAGGAGGCAUGUGCUGAUGCCAGCAAAAUGGUGCUGCAUACACUACAACGCAUGGCGCGUGGAGGCAUCAAGGACCAAGUUGGGAAUGGCUUCGCUCGCUAUUCAGUCACUCAGGACUGGUCGCUUCCUCAUUUUGAGAAAAUGUUGUAUGAUAAUGCGCAACUGCUCCCUCUCUACCUCGACGCCUACUUGUUAACCCGCGAGGAUAUCUACCUUGAUACCGCCCACGACAUUGCGAAGUAUCUCACCACUUCUCCCAUGUCUUCUGAGCAAGGGGGCAUCCACGCAAGCGAAGAUGCCGACUCGGCACCUUCGACAGCUGAGGAAAAGAAGAAGGAAGGUGCCUUUUAUGUCUGGGACUACGACGAGUUAGACGCCCUGCUGGAGGAGGAUGAACUGCUGGUUUGUGCACGAUACUGGAACAUCAAACACACAGGAAACGUCGACAGCCGACAUGAUAUUCAAGGGGAGCUCACAGGCAUGAACACGUUGUGUGUGCAGACGAGUACCGCUGAGCUGGCCGAGUCUAUCGGCAAGACCACAGAGCAGGUGGAACAGAUCAUAAGCCAGGCGCGUGCAAAAAUGCUCAAAUACCGCAACGAGUACCGACCUCGUCCUGAUUUGGACGACAAAAUCGUCACUGCGUGGAACGGCAUGGCAAUUAGCGGGCUCGCGCGAACAAGCGCAGCGCUCGAAGCGGCCGGGAAAAUCGACGAUGCAAAGACGUACCUCGCAGGAGCUGAAAAAGCAGCAAGCUUCAUCCGCGAGCACCUCUUCAGCCCUGAGACCAACACGCUGCGGCGUGUGUACCGCGAAGGCCCAGGCGACACUCCGGGGUUCGCUGACGACUACGCCUACUUGAUCUCCGGCCUCAUCGACCUCUACGAGGCGACGUUCGACGAUGCGCACCUUGAGUGGGCCGACACACUACAACAGUCGCAGAUUAGGCUCUUCUGGGAUGCUCAGGGCUACGGCUUCUUUUCCACGCCGGCGGACCAGCCCGAUAUUCUGGUGCGCUCGAAAGACGCCGCGGAUAACGCGGAACCGGGAAUCAACGGCGUGAGCGCCUGGAACCUCCUAAGGCUAGGCUCGUUACUUGACGAUGCUACCUACGAGGAGAAGGGAAGGCAAACCAUCGCAUCAUUUGGGCCGGACCUGCGAAAACAGCCGGCUGCGUACUCAGGUCUGGUGAGUGCUUCGGCGGCGGCUCAUGCAGGCUUGAAGGGCGUGGUGCUAGCCGGAGAUGGCAAGCUUGUCAGUGCGGCUAUCAAGAGGAUGCAUGAGACUGUCAGGCCUGGAUGGACAGUACUAGACGUUAGUCAUGGUACAAAAAAUGAGUGGCUGAGGAACAGGAAUCAAUUGCUGAAAGACUUGGAUGGUUCGAAGGAGGUGGUACAGCUCUGCGAAGGCAAGACCUGUCGGCUCCUGGGCAUCGAAGAGAUCAAUACCAUGGCCUCGUGA